AUGGCCACAUUGAGUCCUUCCACCUAUCUCUUCUCCAGCUGGCAGAUCGACUGGGCUGAUGGCAAGACUUUGCUUAUCAAGAGCGUUAAGGCCGAAGGCGCGGUGCCUUCCUGGAAUCUGCAGCACCCAGAGCUGCCGAUCCUGGCGAAGGACCGGGUGCUGUCCAUCAAUGGCACCUCUGGGGACCCCAAGGCAAUGCUGGCAGUUUGUAAGAAACAGAAGAAACUGGCACUGCUGGUCCGGAACAGAUCCGCAGCCGGUAGCAUCACGUCAGCUGUGCAGACGGCAGUGGCGGAGCAAGGCAAGGCGGCAAAAUCUGCGCCCAAAUUCUUUGACUUCAAUGUCACAGUGGACAUGUCCUUCCACACUCAGCUGGGGCUUGACGUUGACUGGGCCAAUGGCAAGUCGUUGUACGUCCGACAUCUGCAGGGCAGUGGUGCGGUGGAGGAGUGGAACCGGCAGCACCCCGCCCACCUGGCGGUGCACGCGGGCGACCGCAUCGUGGCAGUGAAUGGUUUUUCGGAGGAUGCCCAGGGCAUGCUGAGCCUGUGCCGCGAUCUCGUGCAAAGCCGGAGCAGUUUCUUGCUACGCGUGCGGGGACCACCGCCACCCCCUGAGAACAAGGAUUCCCGGGAGAGAGACAAGAAGGAGAGUGACAGUGAUGGUGAGAAGGGCAAGGAGAAGGUCAAAGAGAAGGACAAGAAGAAGGACAAGGAGAAAUCGAAGAAAGAGAAAGAGAAGGAGAAGGAGAAGAAGGACAAGGAGAAAUCGAAGAGAGACAAAAAGGAGAAGGACAAGGAUGAGAAGGAGAAGAGUCGCAAAAAAGCGCGCUCCUCAUCCAGCUAAUGUUUGGUGAAGCACCGCAGCAAAAAGCGGAAAUUCUCGGCGGCGCUGGGAGGGUUUUGGAGAGACCACAAGAUAGGAGCUUGUGAUGGGGCAAGCUUGUGAUGUGUGCUGCGGUGUCCGAAGGAGUGGCCGGAACCAAAUCUGAGGCUGGGUGUUGCUACUCUGACGUCGAAAACCCGGAAGGUUUGUGUGCUUGCACCGGCUGCUCAAGGGUUUGAAGUAGAUCGCUCCAAGUGAUUGGGCACAGGGCACAUUGUU